CAACUCCGUAACAGUCCAGAAUAAUCCUUCGUACUGGAUAAGAACCUCGUAUUCCGAUCCUCACACCUCACACCUCACACCUCACAAUUCAUUGUAUCUCAACAUUCUCAGCCACCCCACAAAACGCUGUGUCGCUCACACCACUCCCCACACAUGUCGUUUCCACCUCCGAUCUCCGUUUAAAAUUCCCGAAAGAAAAAGACACCCCCAAGAUCUGGUCUUGGCUUCUCGCUUUUCUUCCCAAUCUCAUGUAUUUCACUCCAAUCGCUGCUCUCGUCACUUUUCCCUCUCUUGCCCUCUCUCAGAAGAUAGACAAAUUCAGGUUCAAACUCAAGUUCUGAGCCUGAUUCAGAAUCUGGGUGUGUGUGGAAUUGAUAAAUUCAGGUUCAAGGUCAAGUUUUGACUUCAACUCAACUCAUUUGGGGGUGUAAACUGUAAAGUGGUUUGGUUUGGUGUGUGUUUACAUGGGUGGUAGUUUUUCUUCUUGUGUUUGUGAUGGGGAUGGCACCCCUUUGAGGCCUAGGCUUGGGGAUAUACCCGAGAGCUGUGUGGCAUUGGUGUUAAUGUAUUUGGACCCACCAGAUAUUUGCAAGCUUGCUCGGUUGAACAGGGCGUUUCGUGAUGCCUCGUUAGCGGACUUCAUUUGGGAAUCCAAGUUGCCUUUGAAUUAUAAGUUCAUCAUGGAGAAAGCUUUGAAGGAUGCUUCUGUGGCAGAAUUGGGGAAGAGGGAUAUUUAUGCAAGACUCUGCAUGCCCAAUUUGUUUGACAAUGGCACCAAGGAAAUUUGGCUAGAUAAGAGGACGGGUGGGAUGUGUUUGGCGAUUUCUUCACAGGCAUUAAGGAUUACAGGGAUAGAUGAUCGGAGAUAUUGGAGUCGCAUUUCGACCGAAGAGUCAAGAUUCCAUACAGUUGCUUAUCUUCAACAAAUUUGGUGGCUUGAAGUGGAAGGUGAUGUUGAUUUUCAAUUUCCACCUGGAAAAUACAGUGUGUUCUUUAGACUCCAGCUUGGAAGGUCGUCCAAGAGAUUGGGUCGUCGAGUUUGUAAGACUGAGGACAUUCAUGGCUGGGACAUAAAACCUGUGAAAUUUCAGCUAACAACUUCUGAUGGUCAACAUGCUGUAUCCCAAAGUCAUUUGGAUAAUCUAGGCCAUUGGGUUCUCUACCAUGCAGGAAACUUUGUUUCUAAGAAUCCUAAUGAUCUAAUGAAGAUCAAAUUCUCAUUAACUCAAAUUGAUUGCACGCAUACUAAAGGUGGUUUAUGUGUUGAUUCUAUAUUUAUAUGUAACAGUGAUGUAAAAAAAGAGGUGUAGUGUAGGUUGUUUUUGUAGGAAGGAAAUCCGUGUAUAUAGUAGAAUUGAGCUGAGGCACCUGAGUUGACUUUUGUCAUUUAGGUUAGAGGGGAGUUAAGUAGAAGAAAUUCUUCCAAAUAUGCCCCCAACAACACUUCCCUUUAAGUUUUUGUUUCUUUCAUAGUCCCUUUAGAUGUUUUGUUUCUUCAACGGGACAACGUUUUAAUAGGUUGCACACAAUUUUUUUAUCCCGUUUGGACAUUGUAUGUGUGAUUUGUGUAUAUUUCCCCGUUUGUUGGUACUGGGAAUUGAUCGAUGUUGUUUUCUAGAGAAUGGAGCAUUUCAUGUGUUUCAGUUUUACCUA